GAUGAUCCAGUUCCAAUUGACCACGCCCAUAAUCUUACAGCAGCAUGGUGGAAUCUGGUGCAGGUCCUUCUAGUAAGAGAUUCAAGAUGGCCUCUGGAGGAGAAGGAGCGACACACGUUGGAUUUAUUGGAGGAGGAAACUUGGCUCGAGCAAUUACAGAGGGACUCUUACAAGCAGAUGAUAAACAGAAAAGGUUCAAGAUUCAUGCCUCAUUUGCUACCAAUGGCGAAAACUAUAAGAAGAUGCAGUCUCUAGGCGUUGCCGUGACAACUAACAAUAAAGACAUAGUUCUUUCUUGUGAUGUGAUUAUUCUUUCAGUGAAACCUCAUCAAGUAUUGCCAGUCCUUGAAGAACUAAGGAAGAUAUAUCAGGACAUUGACGAGAAUCAAUUACUGGUGGGAGGGGCCCCGUUGCCUAGGAACCUCAGGCCGCUCAUUGUUUCCGUGGCAACCUCUAUCACCAUAAAACAAAUUGAAGAAAAGACAGAAAUAUCUUGGAAGAUGGGUAGGGCAGACAUGUUGGGUCAUCUUCCUGUAAUUCGUUGCCUUCCAACUGUUGCAUCUUCUGUCAGAGCUGGUGUGACAGUGUAUACAAGUGGUCACUUUAGCACUGAAAAUGACAACAAGUUAUUUCUUGAUAUAUUUAAUUCCGUCGGUUUCACUCAGGACGUUCCAGAGCAAUAUAUUGAUGGAUUCACUGCAUUUACUGGCAGUGGAGUUGCUUUUAUGGGAUUAGUAAUGGAGGCCUUGGCUGAUGGAGGAGUGCUGGUUGGUUUCCUCGAGGAAUGGCCGACAAAAUAG